AUGAAAAUCGGCAGUUACGAACUGACUAUGCCUCGUCAGCUAAACAACUGGACCAGCCAAACGACAGUGGCCUACACUAAUCAAAUCCAGUCGGAUCCAACUAAAAGAAAACUAUACAAAAAAUCCCUUAUAUGGUUUCUCAUUAGCCUAAUUGGUUUUGUUGGCUACGAUCCACUUGUCAAUACAGCCAUCGACUCUCAGCUGCAACUGAAACCUGACGGCCUGGUGACGGGCAUCUGGCAGGUGACACCGCUGCCCGUCAACACCUGCUGGUACAUCUGGGGCAUGCAGAAUCCUUGGGAGUUUCUGAGCGGUGCCAAACCGUACAUGGUCGACCAUGGACCGUUCUGUUACUACAUGUACCGAAAGCGGCGCAUCCUCGAGUGGCGCGAGCAAACGGUCCUCUUCAUGGAGCGCUACGAAUUUGAGCCCAAUCCAAAAGACUCCAAACUGCUGGAGACGCGCAUUCAAACAGUGAACGCGCCUAUUUUGGCAGGCGUCAUGCUAGCAAAAAGCAUUUUGGAGAACUUUUACCUCAACUUCCUGGGGCCGGUCGUCUACAAUGCCAUCAACAUGGUGAUGAGGGCCACUGGAGAGGACCUGGUGGAGGUGAUCACCGCUCGACAGCUGAUGGAGGGGCGAAAAAUGAGGAUUAUUGAGUACGCAGAUAUGAUAAUGGCGCCCGUUCGCUGGCUGGGCAUCAGUGCGCCGGAUUUUACCAAUGGCACUUUCUUUGGCAUCUCCAAUCACUCGGUUGGAAUCACCUCGUCGAUUCCCUUCUUAGAACUGGGCCCCUACGAGGCGUACCGGCGGUCAGAAAAGGGACACACCGUGGGACACAUUCACCAAUACCAAGGACGACACACCUAUCCCACCUAUGAGGCGCCCUGUAACCGGCUGGCAGGCGGCGACGGCAUGUUCUUCUCACGACCCGUCACCGCUGAUAAGCUGCACGUAUUCGUUCAGCACACCUGUCGCACUUUGCCCUUUAUCAAGGACUACCCUCACAUGGUAGCUGGAACCUCUGUGGUGCGAUACACCAUGGACCCGGAUAUGUUUAACAUGGAUAAACCGGAAAACCAGUGCAAUUGCAUCAAAGGGCGGACGAUUGAAGAGUGCGAUGGCUGGUCUGAUAUGGGACCUUGUGCGCUAACACUCCCUUUAGGCUUCUCUUUUCCCCAUUUCUAUGGAAGCCAAAAGAGGCAGGAAGAGUUCGAAGGCCUAGAACCGGACAAAGAUAAACAUGUUGGCUACCUCGAG